AUGGCGACUAUCGUCAAUGUCCCGAGGGAUCCCAAUACCCUCAGCAAUUACCACAAUUGGCGGUGCAACCACAUUACUGCCAAUUUUGAUAUUUUGUUUCAUGAAAAAAAGCUUGUGGGCAGCGUCACUCAGACGUUCCAGUCAGCCACCGAUGGUGAGUCGCAAGAGAUCGUCUUGGACUCAAACCAUGUGAACAUCGGUAGCAUCACCCUGGAUGGCAGGCCUUUGGCUUGGGAGCUUCUUCCGCCCUCCGACCCAUACGGCAGGGCGUUGAAGAUCAAACUCGACCGGAGUGUGAAGAAGAAUGAGACGAUUGACAUCGAGAUUGCUCUUCAAACCACUGAGAAAUGCACUGCCCUUCAGUGGCUGACACCGGCGCAAACCUCUAAUAAAAGGCAUCCGUAUAUGUUCUCUCAAUGCCAGGCGAUUCAUGCCCGGUCUAUUUUUCCAUGUCAAGAUACACCUGACGUCAAGUCAACCAUUGAUUUCAACAUCUCGUCACCAUUGCCCGUGAUUGCGAGUGGGCUGCCAGUCCGUGACUCAUUGGGGACGCCACUACCGAACGACAGGUCACUGUAUCGCUUUCAUCAGCGAGUGCCCAUUCCGAGCUAUCUUUUCGCUCUGGCCAGUGGUGAUAUUUCCGAGGCAGGAAUUGGACCCCGAAGUAUUGUUGCUAGCAGCCCCGACAAGCUCGGCGAAUGCCAAUGGGAGCUUGAGGCCGAUACGGAGAAGUUCAUCGAAGCAAUCGAGGGAAUUGUCUACCCAUACGCUUGGGGGAAGUACAAUGUCUUGAUCCUCCCACCCAGCUUCCCCUAUGGAGGAAUGGAGAACCCGGUGUUCACUUUCGCCACACCCAGUAUUAUUUCCAAGGACAGGGAGAACAUCGAUGUCAUUGCCCAUGAACUUGCGCACAGCUGGAGUGGUAACCUUGUGACUAAUGCUUCAUGGGAGCAUUUCUGGCUCAACGAGGGUUGGACCACCUACUUGGAAAGGCGGAUCCUCGCUGUGGUUCAUGGCGAGUCGUAUCGACACUUCUCCGCUAUCAUAGGCUGGAAAGCCCUCACAGAUUCUGUCGAGCAUUUCGGACAUGACCAUGAAUUCACAAAACUAGUCACGGAUUUGAAAGGCAAAGACCCCGAUGAUGCAUUCUCUAGUAUUCCAUAUGAGAAGGGAUUCAACUUUCUUUUCUAUUUGGAGAAUCUGAUUGGAAAGCAUAAAUUUGACCAGUUCAUCCCUCAUUACUUCACAAUAUUCAAGGAGAAAUCCUUGGAUUCCUAUCAAUUCAAAUCGACCAUACUAGAAUUCUUCGAGUCUGACGCGGAAGCUUCUAAGCUCUUGAACGAGCUUGAUUGGGACAGAUGGUUCUACGCGCCGGGCUUGCCUCCUAAGCCGGAUUUUGAUACUUCGCUUGUUGACGUUGUUUACAGCCUUUCAAACAAGUGGAAGGUCCUUCCUGGCUCCUCUUUCAAACCACGCCCUAGCGAUAUUGAUGGCCUCACAGCCAACCAGAUGGUUGUCUUCCUGGAGCAGGUGCUUCUUUUCGAGAGACCACUGACACCGGAGUUGUCGAGGCUUAUGGGCGAUGUUUAUGGACUUGCAACGAGCGAAAACAUAGAAGUCGCCAAUCUCUAUUUCCAAGUUGGCUUGAAAGCUGGUGACAGCAGUGUUAUUGGACCAACCACGAAACUGCUUGGUAGGAUUGGUAGGAUGAAAUUCGUGAGGCCUUUGUAUAGAAGCUUGCAGAAGGUCAAUCGCCCAGUCGCUGUUGACACUUUCGAGCAGAAUAAGGCCUUCUAUCAUCCUAUAUGCCGCGCCAUGGUCGAGAAGGACUUGUUUGGCAAGAAAGAUGCCUGA